AUGUCCUACAGUCGUUUAAUCCCUUUUUUUCUUUCCCUUUUGUUCUUCCGGGCGGUUCUGGUCGACGCUGCCCAUCUCGAAGGCUGGUCAAGGACUCUGGCACCUAUUCCGCCCCCGAGAUUUCUUCUUCUUCUGGCGGAGCUGUUCCUGAAGAAGCCUGACGGGACAGUAACUACGCAAGGCGGCGUGAACGACAAGAUCGGGAGCGGUGCAACUAUCAAUUCCACAUUCGUCCUUCUAUAUGGGAAAGUCACUUUUACGCUUUCCGCUCCCGUGGUGCCUGGUGUAGUAACAGCUGCAAUUCUCAUGGCCGAAUACAUUGACGACGAGAUUGACGUCGAGCUACUUGGCGGAAGCCCGUCCCACUGGCAGUCCAACAUCUUCGCAGAGAAUCCGCAGGACACUCAACCACUCUUCGGCAUCUUUGGCGAGAUCGAAGACUACUCAGGCUCCGGAACUAUUGCUCAAAACCACUCGUACACUAUCGACUGGAACGCGGACCGCAUCGUAUGGAGCGUCGACGGUCAGGUGAUCCGGACGCUCGGGAAGGACCAGACGAGCAGGAACGGUGUUCUCCACUACCCCUCACAACCCGCCCGGGUCCAGCUUGGAAUCUGGGACGCUAGCUCUGAUGUUGGAACAGCGCAUUGGGCCGGUGGACCAAUCGACUGGACGACUGCUCCCGCAAAGAUGGCUGCUACCUUUACGAGCGUCACUGUUGAAUGCACGUAG